CAUUGGUUUUGUCGGUUGGCGUUGACUUGGCCCAACUCUUUCAGUGUGUCUUUAGCAGAGAUCUAAAGUUGAUUGUGUUGCCAGAAGCUACGCAUUGAGUAUUUCCUUUUUUUCAGAUCAGUUGGGCCAGAAGCGAUUUCUAGGAGGUGAUUGUUGUUGAUUUUAUUAAUUUUCUUUCUUUGAUUUUCUGGAAGAUGCUUCGAUCUUUUUUAUUUUGCAUUUAAAAAAAAAUCUCAAUAAUGUUCAUGUCUCUCCAAAGAUUUGUGGAUUCAAUCCCACAGAAUAGUUUAGUUAUCUUUUUUUAUCAUACUAGUUUUGUAUAUACACUUUUGUCGUUUGGAGUCGAGAGGCUUUGGAAGCUCCUUAUCCGAGAAUCUGAGAAAUUUCAGGGAGUUGAAGAACAGUUCAAUGGAUUUAAAAGAGAUGUGGAAAUGUUAAGGUGUUUCCUAGAAGAUGCGGAAGCCAAGAAACAUACAAGUGCCAUGGUGAGAAACACUAUCAAAGAGGUCAAAGAAAUUGUUUUGGACGCUGAAGAUAUCGUUGAAACGUUUCUUCUAAAGGAAAAACUCGGAAAUACAAGUGGCAUCAUGAAGAAUGUGAGAAGACUUCCUUGGGUUAUUUCAGAACGCAGGGAACUUGCUUUUGGUAUAGAAGCAAUAAGUAAGAGAAUCUCCAAGGUGAUACGCGAUAUGCAGAGUUAUGGCGUACAACAGUUCAUUGUCAGUGAAGGGUAUUCACAGUCUCUACAAGAAAUACAAAGAGAAAUGCAACUAACCUUUUCUAGAGACGAAGAAGACCAUCUUAUGGGGUUGGAGAAAAAUGUUGAGAUAUUGGUUGGCUAUUUGGUGGCAAAAGAUAGCAGUCAUCAAGUGGUUUCCAUAACUGGGAUGGGAGGUCUUGGUAAAACCACACUCGCAAGACAAAUUUUUAAACAUGAGACAAUCAAAAGUCAUUUUCCAAGAUUGGCAUGGGUUUGUAUUUCACAACAGUUUACAAGGAUGUAUGUUUGGCAGACAAUCUUGCGACAGCUCAGGCCAGAAUACAAGGUGUUAGAGAUGACAGAAGAUGAACUUCAAGAAAAGCUCGUAUCAGUGUUGGAAACACAAAAGGCUUUGAUCGUCAUUGAUGAUAUAUGGAGAGAGGGAGAUUGGGACCGAAUCAAGCAUGUGUUUCUGCCCCAAAAAGGAUGGAAGGUAUUACUUACUUCUCGCAAUGAGGGAGUGGGAUUACAUGCAGAUCCAAAUUGUGUCACCUUCAACACAAAAUGCUUAACUUUAAAAAAAAGUUGGACUCUUUUUCAAAGGAUAGCAUUUCCAAUGAAAGACACAAACGAUUUCAAGGUUGAUAAAGAAAUGGAAGAUAUGGGAAAGCAAAUGAUUAAACAUUGUGGAGGUCUACCGUUGGCUUUAAAAGUGUUAGGAAGGUUGUUAGCUGCUAAAUACACAUUGCGUGACUGGAAAAGGAUUUAUGAAAAUAUUAGAUCUCACAUCGUCAACGGGACUAGCGUCAGUGACAUAAAUAUCAGUUCCGUUUUCCAUGUUUUGUAUCUGAGCUUCGAAGAGCUGCCAGUUUAUUUGAAGCACUGCUUCCUCUACCUUGCCCAUUUUCCUGAAGAUUAUAAAAUAGAUGUGGGGACAUUGUCGUAUUACUGGGGUGCAGAAGGAAUACAAAGGCCGAUGUAUUAUGAUGGAGCCAGCACUCGAGAUGUCGCAGAUGUAUACAUAGAAGAAUUGGUGAAGAGAAACAUGGUUAUUUCUGAAAGAGACGUUGAAACUUCAAGAUUUGAAACAUGCCAGUUGCAUGACAUAAUGAGAGAAGUUUGUUUACACCAAGCUGAAGAAGAGAAUUUCCUACAAAUUGGCACUUCAACUGCAAACUCGAAAUCUCUUUAUAAAUCUCGUAGAGUAGCUGUGCAUUGGCGGAAUGAGAGAUUUUUUCAUAUGGAGAACCCAAAACUUAGAUCUCUUGUGUUUAUAUCCAAGAUCAAAAGGCAUAUUGACGAGGGUAUAAAUAUAUGCUUUACACGGCUACCAUUGAUGAGAGUAUUAGAUCUCUCUCGUGUCAAGUUUGAAGGAGAGAAGAUACCAUCUAGCAUCGGGAAGCUCAUCCACUUGAGAUAUUUGAGUUUAAGAGAUGCAUAUGUAAAUCAUCUACCUUCUUCUAUGAGGAAUCUGAAGCAGCUGCUAUAUUUAAACCUAUGUGUAGGUUUAUCUCGAGUCUACAUGCCCAAUAUCUUGAAGGAGAUGCGAGAAUUGAUAUACCUCCAUUUUCCGUUGGCAAUAAAGAAUAAGGUAAAGAUGGAAUUGGGAAAUCUGGUCAAGCUGGAGACGUUGGAGAAUUUCUCAACCGAGCAUGGGAGUGUGAGUGAUCUCCAGUGUAUGACACGGCUCAGUACACUAUCUAUAUAUAUCAGAGGUAAAGGGCAUUCCGCGAAAACUCUCUCUUCAUCUCUAAGUCAGCUGAGAUGCUUGGAAAAGCUUGUUAUAAUUGAUUAUGACAAGUUGUAUUCUCCAACGAAUGAUGAUGAAGGGUUUGUUUUGGAUUGUGUUCAUCUCAAAGAACUAUUCCUGAGUAUAUAUAUGCCUAAGUUACCUGAUGAGCAACAUUUUACUUCUCACCUUACAACCAUUUUGCUAAAGAAAUGUUAUUUGAAGGAGGAUCCAAUGCCAAUUCUAGAGAAAUUGAGUCAACUGAAAGAGGUUAGUUUACAGUAUCAAUCUUUUUGUGGAAGGAGAAUGGUUUGCUCGAGGAGUGGAUUUCCUCAAUUGCAGAAGCUUAAAUUAUAUGGACUAUCGGAACUGGAAGAGUGGAUAGUAGAAGAAGGCUCCAUGCCUGUUGUUCAUACUCUGACUAUUCGGGGUUGUGGAAAGUUGGAGCUUCCUGAUAGGCUGAGAUCUAUCACUUCCUUAAAGAAACUAAGUGUUCAAUUAAUGGGAGAGGAAUGGAAGAUAAGAUUGUCGGAAGGACACUUGCCUUCUCACCUUACAACCAUAACUCUAGCUCACUGUCGUUUGGAGGAUGAUCCGUUUCCGGUUUUAGAGAAAUUGUUUCACCUGAAAGAGAUUAUUUUAGGGAACAUAUCUUUCUGCGGGAGGAGAAUGAUUUGCUCGAGGGGUGGUUUUCCUCAAUUGCAGAAACUUAAAUUAUAUGGACUAUUGGAACUGGAAGAGUGGAUAGUAGAAGAAGGCUCCAUGCCCCUUCCCUAUUCUCUUGAUAUUGACCUUUGCUGCAGAUUAAAGGAACUUCCUGAUGGGCUGCGUUUCAUCACUUCCUUAGAGGAUCUUGUUGUUAGUAUGGGAUAUAAAUGGAAGAAGAGAUUACUGGAAGGAGGAGAAGAUUAUUACAAAGUCCAACACAUCCCUUCUCUUAGAAUCUUUAAGUGAAUUGAGACACUGGGAGAAUCUUAUGAUAUGCUAAGAGGUCGGAUGCUAGAGGAUUUUUUUUGGAUUGCGUUCAUUUCAAACAGUUGAAGUUGAGUAUACAUAUGCCAAGGUUACUCGCGGAGAAUUAUCUUCUUACCUUACAGUCAUUAAUCUAAAUCAUUGUUUUCGAAGGAGGAUACAUUUCCAAUUAUAGAGAAGCUGGUUCAGUUGAGAGAGGUCUGUGAAGAUGAAACCUUGAUGACCAAGCAACUACCAACUUCAAAGUGUACUCAGACUUAACUCAAGUUCUAACUACGGAUGGUGUAUAUCAAACCUGAGUUAGACAUGCUUUUGGGACCACUUCUUGGGAAACGGCUACACCGCCUCUUCAUGAUCGUACCGUUGUCCUUUGUGUCUCCAAGAGUUCAAAAGCACAUUUGGAAUGUUGUGAUAAGCGUGACUUGAUGAUGCAAGACAGCGUUCAAGUUUGGAAGAAACGUUUGCGUUAGGUUAAACACACAAGGUUCAAGACUUUUAUAUAAAUAGAAGGUCUUGUUGUAUUGAGAGGUAAUAAGAGAGAGAAACAAGAUACAGAGAUAGUGUGAAGAGAGAAAACUUGUAAAGGUCUAAGCUUUGUGUUUAGUUUUCUCUAGCUUUAGGAGUUGACAGAGUGAAUCUUGAGUGCUAGUGAAGGGCAUUGAGAUGGGUCACUUGUAGCUCCUUUUGUAACACUAUCUGAAUCUAGUGGAUUCCGAGUUAAAGACUCGGCCAGACG